AUGACCGAUGUAAGAGAUUGUAUGGGAAGAACGAUUUCGUAUCACCUGGCCAUGUUCCCUAAGGCUACUGACUCUCAGUUAAAAAAGAUCAAUUUAAUGGAUCAGGACUGGGAAAGUGGAUAUUCUGCAUUUCAUCUAUGCGUUUUAAGCCAUCAACUACACAAAUGCUUCAAGUUAUAUGAAAGAUGCCUAAAGGAACCUAAUGACGGAGGGAAAUCGUGGCAACUAACGGACAAAUCGGGGAUGACCCCAUUGCAGUUACUUGAAUCCAAGAUAUUUCAAAAAUCAUACUUGCAAUCAGCGAAUUAUAAUUUGAAUGGUUACAGAACAGGCGCUUUCUCAAGGUGUCAUAAUUUCGGAUCCAAUGUAAAUAUGCAGUUAGGAACGGGAGACGAUAAUGACAGGAUGGGGACAUGGUAUGAAAUUGAUGCUUGGAAAAUGACGAAUGAAAAUUUGAGCUUCAUGAAAUGCUGUAUGAACAAAUACUACUCCCUGCUUCUUAUGACAGAGAGGAAUGGUCAUCAAUUUGUUUAUAUAUCAGGAAGAUCUUCGAAACUAAAUCUACUGGGAAAACGUGACUUGUUCAGAUACAUGAAGUUCACUGAAGAAAGCAUAUCAGAUAUUCAAAGCUCUAACCACCACUUUGUCGCUAAAACAAAUCAAGGAAGGAUACUUCUGUGGGGGUCCAAUAAAUAUGGCCAGCUUGGUACUAAUCCAAAAAAUUUCGAUAGUACAGAACAACCACAUCAUCUUGAUUUUAGUGUCAGUGAAGAUGAUAUUAUUGCAUGUUCAAACGUGAAUACAUGUGUAUUAUUAAAAUCUGGAAGUCUUCGGUCCGUCGGUCUAGACCUUGGUCAAUUUGGUGCCACUACCAAACUAGAAAAAGAUGUAUGCUACCUAGACCACCGGGGAAGGAUAACUUUCCAACCAGUCAAUACAGUUUUGCCAUCUUAUAUGAAUAACUUCUUAGCUUUAGUGUGCACGGAAUUUGUCACAUUCAUUUUAUGCGGGGGAAAUCAAUUAUUUGCUUUGACAAAUCACAAAAUAAUAAGAGUGAAAAGUGCUCCAGUUCUAAAUGAUUCUUUUGAUAAAUUCUUUACAAGAGAAUUUCAUGAUCAUCAAAUCGUGGAUAUUAAAUGUAAAAACUCCUUCGGUAAAUUUUUAAUGUUACUUUAUGAUGAUGGUACAGUGGCUUGUAUAUCUGAUUUCAAGAACUCUUCCAAACCUCAAAGUUUAUGGAAGCCAAAAUACGUUUGGGACAAAUGUAUUUCAUUUGAUACAGGGGCCAAUGGUCAGUUAAUUGUAGCUACUGCUAAGGGUGAUAUUUACACGUCUUCGGCAAUUGGAAGAAAGUUUACAAAGAUUCGAAAUGGGAUGUCAGGUUAUUCGACCUGCAAAGUGUCAUGCGAUCCGUUAUUCGCUUCUUUCAAUGUCAUUACACGUGAUUCUUUCAAUGAUAUUAAAGAAUCGGAUAGUAUUGGAGAAGAUCCUGUUUGUAUUACGAAUCCGCAAAAAAACUUUGAUUUAACAAUUAGUUGUAAUGGCAAAAUGACAAAGCUUUGUCACAGGGCAAUUCUUUUAUCUUCCCAGGAGAAAUUUAUGAACGAACUAAUUAGAGAGAAAGAAAUUGAUUGGAAUUCCAAUAAUGAGCCUAUCAAGAUAAACUUAAAUACAUCCAAUGGAAAGAUGUGGAAAAUUAACGUUGAAGGUCCAGAUGAAAUAGCAGAUUACUUGAAUAACGCUAUCGACUCUUACUAUUCGCUCGAAACUAAAUUACUGCCAGUGCCGAAUAAUAUAACUCUUCAAAAAUUUAUUGAUGCCUAUUAUUUCCCUAGCCCUUUCACUUCGCCCCCAAAGUACAAUAAAAUAAUGAAAAAUCUUUUAAAUUCGACUAGUGAUAUUGUUAGAAAUGUAGAGAUUCAAUUGGCCGAUGAUAUGAUGAUAAAAACAUCGUCCAUUUUACUACAAACACACUCUGUCUUCUUUGAGAAGUUAUUUUCCAGUCCUUGGUCUAAAUCUUCUCACGAAUACAAGUUGAAUUGGAAAGAUGUAUCACUGAGAGCAUGUUCUGCACUCAUUAACUAUUUAAUCCACUUGUCAAAUGUUGAUGAGAAUGAAAACACCUGCUCUGAAAUACCUUUAAACCUUGGGCAUCAAGCAUACCUAGACACAGUCAUUGAAGUCUUGAACAUUGCAGACAAAUAUAUGUUUUUGGAUUUAUGCUUAAAGCUCGAGAAUCAACUUAAGUGCCUCAUCGAUUCCUCAAAUGCAGUUUCUUUGUGGAUCCUCUCUUACGAUCGAAACCUCAGCGAAUUGAAACUACGUUGUGAAAACUUUAUUCUCCAUAACCCUUCCAUUAUUUUUAGUGAAUACACAACGGAAUUGGUUAGAAAUGAUGUGACAAAGGAAAUGUGGAAAAAUCUGGAAAUGAAAUUCAAUACAGUACUUGGUUUUGGAUCACAGCUAAGUUGGUACUACUCAAAAGAAGCAUCUGAUAUGAUAGAAAUGUUUAAAACAGACAUACUUGACUUUAAUUCAUAUUUUAUGGCAAAUGAUAGAGAGUUCGAGCUUCUUCUAGACUCUGUAUCUGUGACAAAGGCCAGGCAAAAAAGUGUUAAUGAAUCAAGAAAACAAAGUUUCAGUAAGAACGCUCGUAAUCAAUCCUCAAUGGAAAAUUUGGUAAAUGUACGAAGACCGAGUGUGACUUCCCAGAACUCUUUUGCGUGGAAGUCUUCAUUUGCUAGUUCAGAAUCAGCUAUUGACGAUGAUGAUACUAAUUCUAGCUUUAUUGAAGUGUCCAAAAAAAAGAAGCGACGCUCUUCAAGUGUUGUGCCACCAGGAACUUCUAGUUCAAACUCAACCACCAUAUCUAAAGAGUCAGUUCAAACAGAGUUUCCUUUAAGUUUAGCAUCCACAAACCAGAUAAAAAGAAAUAGUUCAGAACAACUGUUCCCUUCCCUAGGAGAACUAUCCCAGAAAACCUCUUCGAACUCUAAAAUUAAGAUAAAGAAACAGACUCAAAAGGAGAGAAUAAAACAAAUUGCAGAAAAUGAGUCAAAGAUCAAAGAGGAACUAGAGACUAAAAAGAGUAUAUGGGGACAGCCCAUUAAAAAAGAUACAUCCAUACAAAGUUCGUCCAAUAAUUCGAAGAUAUCUGUUUCGUUGUCAGAAACACCUUUAACACCAACAACCAAACCAGCAUCGACAAAAUUCCCAACGUUAAAUGAAGCUGUAAAAAUAGGGAAAAAAGGAACUGGUAUCGUAAGUGUAUCUGGUGAUGGGACUAAACCAACAAUACCACUAUAUGCCUCCAAAAAGAAUUCUUUGGGCUGGCUAGGAAAAGAAACUGCUUCAACGCAGAUCAAAUCAACUCAAGAAGCAUUAGAAGAAGCUAGGUUUAUGAAAUGGUGGAAAGAGGAAUCUGAAAGAAUUCAAGCAGAGCAACUUCUUCUGGAAACUUUAGCGGGAGUUGAAACAGAACAAUCGCCUCCUACUAGGAAUGAUGACGUGGUCAAGGGCAAGAGCCAGCGUGCCAGAUCAACAAAGAUCCCACACAAAUCAAAGCAACAAUACCGGAAUAACGGUACCAAAAGCCAAAAAAAGGGUAAAAAAAAUUCAGAAUCAAAAGAAGAGAAAUAA